AUGCGUUCUAAGGCAGGCAAGGGUCUCGGCGUGGAUGACACCAAGCAACACGUUGGUUACUUGGAUGUUGAGGAGAACAAGCACUUCUUCUACUGGUUCUUCGAGUCUCGCAAUGACCCAAAGAAUGAUCCUAUUGUGCUCUGGCUCAACGGUGGUCCCGGCUGCAGCAGUCUGACGGGACUCUUCUUUGAGCUUGGUCCCGCUAGCAUCAAGAGUGACGGCAAGACCAUCAAGCACAACCCUCACUCCUGGAACAACAACGCUUCCGUCAUCUUCUUGGACCAGCCUCUCAAUGUUGGUUACUCAUAUGGUGAGGGUGUUUCUGAUACCGUGGCUGCAGGCAAGGAUGUCUAUGCUUUCCUUGCACUCUUCUUCAAGACGUUCCCAGAGUACGCCGACUUGGACUUUUCCAUUGCAGGUGAGUCGUACGCUGGCCACUACAUUCCCGUCUUUGCCAAGGAGAUUCGCAAGUCCAAGACGCCCAAGAUUAACCUCAAGACUAUCUUGAUUGGCAAUGGUUUGACUGACCCGCUCGUGCAGUACAAGGAGUAUGCCAACAUGGCUUGCGGUAAAGGUGGAUACGAAGCUGUCCUCUCCAAGACUGAAUGUGAUGGUAUGGAGGCCAGCUACCCUCGUUGCGCAAGCUUGAUUCAAAACUGCUACAACUCCCAGUCUGCAUGGACCUGUGUGCCUGCGUCCUUGUACUGUAACAAUGUCAUGAUGGGACCUUAUCAAAAGACUGGCAGGAACGUGUAUGACAUUCGUGGCAACUGCGAGGACUCCGCCAACCUGUGCUACCCACAAAUGGGCUGGAUUCAAAACUACCUCAACCAACCCGAAGUGAUGAAGAAGCUUGGUGCAGAAGUUGACACGUACGAGUCGUGCAACAUGAACAUCAACCGCAACUUUUUGUUCAACGGUGACUGGAUGAAGCCAUACUACCUCGCUGUCCCUUACCUCCUUGAACAAGGUAUCCCCGUCAACAUCUACGCAGGUGAUGCAGACUUCAUCUGCAACUGGCUCGGCAACCAAGCUUGGGUGAAUGCACUCGAGUACAAGGAUCACGCCAAGUUUGCAAAGCAAAAGACGAGUGAAUGGACACUUUCGCGUGAUAUCGGCAAGGUCAAGAAGGGUACCAAGAUGGGUAUCACGAAGAGUGUGGGUGAUUUCACAUUCUUGACGGUGUAUGAGGCUGGACACAUGGUGCCAUAUGAUCAGCCUGAGGCGGCUUUGGACUUCUUCAACCGAUGGCUUGCAGGCGAGCGGUCGUUUAAGUAG